UGUCACAAGAAGAUUACUUGCGUUUGAUACCAAUUUAAAUAUCGGCAUUUUAUUUUAUUCAAAGAAAAAAUGACUCUACGUUCAUUUGGAGAUAAACCAAUAAGUUUUCAGCUUGAAGAAAAUGGGGAAUAUUAUUGUGUUGGAUCAGAGGUUGGAAAUUAUCUUCGCCUCUUUCGAGGAUCACUAUAUAAAAAGUACCCUGGAAUGUUUAGAAGAUCUAUAACGAACGAAGAACGAAAGAAAUUAGUUGAUUUAGGAUUAACAAAUCACGUUUUAGCAAGCAGUGUAUCACUAUUACGAGCAUCUGAAGUGGAAGAUAUUAUAGAUGGAAACGAUGAAAAGUAUAAAGCUGUUUCGGUACAUACAACAGAAUUACCAACACCGCGCGAGAGUAAAACCAGAAAACAACAGCCAUGGGUUCCAUCAUUACCAAAUUCCAGUCAUUUGGAUGCAGUUCCACAACCAACACCAAUUAACAGAAACCGAGUGGCUGCCAAAAAAGUUCGUACAUUUCCUUUAUGCUUCGACGAUACGGAUCCCGGUGUAUUUGUUGAUAAUGCAUCUCAACUCGAAUUAUUAGUUCCAAUUCGUUUGGAUAUGGAAAUUGAAGGACAAAAACUUCGUGAUACUUUUACAUGGAAUAAAAAUGAGACUUUAAUAACACCAGAACAAUUUGCAGAAGUGUUAUGUGAUGAUUUAGAUUUAAAUCCUUUAACAUUUGUACCGGCCAUUGCAGCAGCUAUACGUCAACAAUUAGAAGCUUUUCCAAGUGAUCCACCAGCCAUUUUAGAAGAGCAAACUGAUCAAAGAGUUAUUAUUAAAUUGAAUAUUCAUGUUGGAAAUACUUCUUUGGUCGAUCAGGUUGAAUGGGAUAUGUCAGAUAAAAACAAUAAUCCCGAACAAUUUGCAAUGCAAUUUUGUGCUGAAAUGGGUUUAGGUGGUGAAUUUGUAACAGCAAUUGCAUACUCGAUUCGUGGACAAUUAUCUUGGCAUCAACGUACGUAUGCAUUCAGUGAAGCACCAUUACCAACAGUUGAGGUACCAUUUCGACCACCCAGUGAAGCAGAUCAAUGGUCACCAUUCUUAGAAACAUUAACUGAUGCUGAAAUGGAGAAGAAAAUCCGUGAUCAAGAUCGUAAUACAAGACGUAUGCGACGUCUGGCAAAUACGACGCCGGGUUGGUGAGAUAAGAGGAAAAGUAAACAGUAAUGUGUUUACUUUUCACAAAAUUCGUUCAAAAAAUUAAAUUAAUUUACUUAUAUAAUUGUAUUCCGAAAGCCAGUGAUGAAUUUCAUACAUCUUAAUGGCAAUUCGCCAUUCUAUUACGAUUAAAAUUUCCAAUUUCGAUAGAACUUAAGUAUAUACUUCAUAUUUCUUCCAUCUAUCUUAAACUAGAAACUCAGCAUCGCUGGCACUCGGAUUAUUAGAUUUAAAAGAAAAUUUUUAUAGAUUGAGAAAGUCGGAAUAAGCGUGUAGUUUUCUUAAUUUGAAUUUAAAUUUGUACAAUAUUUACAAUAUUAUUAGUUUUUUCGUAUAUAAAAUAUUUGUAUGUAUUUUCAUUAGUUUUUACAUUGUAAAAUAUACAUUUUUUAAUCUAAUUUGGUGUAUGUGACAUGUCACAAUCUACCAAGUAUCCCCUAUUUCAAUAUAAACGUGCCAACAUUUUGAACACUCAUUUUGAGACUUAAGACAACAUUUUGAACAAUCAUGUCAGGAAAGACCUGAUUCAGGUCUCUAAAGAUAUAAUUGUUUGUCACAAAAUUCUAAUUUUUGGGUAUGAUUUACCCGUAGCAAAUGAUUUUUAUCAGGAUCCGAGGUAAAUCAAGUAAUUACCGUAUUGUUCACAUAUCAUAUGGUACUGAAAUUAUCAUAGAUCUUUUGAUAUAAUCAUGGAAUUGUCGAAAAAUUUCUUGAAAUAAAUUCUACAAACUAACGAGGAGCAACACACAUUCCAGGAAAAUUUGAUACAUAUAAAGAAAAAUGGCAGAGUUCGUAAUAGCUGUGUUUUAUUUUCCUGGCCACCCCAUUUGAAGUUUGAAUUUACAAUAUUUAUCAAAUAACCAUGCUAGAAAUAGUAAAUAGUAUCAUAGGAAUGCGAUAUAAUAAAUCAACAAUUUUCUAUCAAAAAAAUUCGCUAAUAUGUUCAAUUGUAUCCUACUCAGAGCAUAGUCAAAUAGCUAUGGUUAGGCAAAACUUAGUUGACAAAGGCCCUUGGCCAAGUCACAAUAAUCAAUGUAAAAAUUCUUCGCAGCAACUGCUUAAUUUUUUUAAUUACGGAGCAUUUUGAAAUAGGAAAUACAGGCUCAGGUAAAACGACCCCUCGCGUGCCAACAAGUCCAUUGACUUAUUCGUUUUCGCGCCAUAGUGAUUCGGUACUCUGAUUAUCUUCACUAUGUUUGAAGUUUUCUAAACAUGUAAAAAAUGAAUUAGGUAAUUGUUCGAUGCCAGCCCUGAUAAAAUUAUAAACAUGAUAUGGUAAUAGUAUUUUAAUUAUAUGUAAAUUGAAUUUCAAACUGAGAUGAUAAUUAAUGUCAAAAGACCCGAAGCAAUAUUGCCUGUAGCAAUUGAUCAGUUUCUUUUGUAUAAUAAUAUGAUGUAAUAAUUGA